GAGCUGCUAGGCUCCAUGUAGGGCGUGCUAUGACAGCGUCUUUACUCCUCCAUUCCCGCUGGAUUGACCCGGUGAUGUUUCUCUAUGACAACGGCUUGGAGGAUAUGAGCAAAAACAUGGAAGGAUUUGUGGGAGGCAAUUUCGCUGCUAACCAGUGCAGGAACCUUAUUGCGCACCCGUCUUCUUUGGCCCCGAGCACAACCUACACGUCGAGUGAGGUGCCAGGAUCGGGCAUGGGGGAACCUGUCAAACAAUGCAGUCCGUGUUCAGCCGUACAGAACUCUCCCAGUGCUUCUUUGCCCUAUGGAUAUUUUGGCGGCAGCUAUUACCCGUGUAGGAUGCCCAAGUCCUGCACGCAGCCCAGCUCCUAUGGGGAAAAAUACAUGGACACGUCUGUUUCUGGAGAGGAAUUCCCUUCUCGUGCUAAGGAAUUUGCCUUCUACCAAGGUUACUCAUCUGGCCCUUACCAGCCUGUGGCGAGUUACCUCGACGUGCCAGUCGUCCCAGCGCUGAGCACCCCUGCGGAAACCAGACACGAGUCUCUUCUGCCCGUCGAAACGUACCAGCCCUGGGCGAUCACGAACGGAUGGAGCAGUCCGAUGUACUGCCCUAAAGACCAAACGCAGUCAAACAGCUUAUGGAAAUCGUCUAUUCAAGACACCGUCUCGGGUGGUGAUGGAGCCUCAGUGCGUCGAGGGAGAAAGAAGCGGGUUCCCUACACCAAGGUUCAGCUGAAGGAACUAGAACGAGAAUAUGCCACAAAUAAAUUCAUUACCAAGGACAAACGAAGAAGGAUAUCUGCUCACACAAACCUGACCGAGCGGCAAGUGACCAUCUGGUUUCAAAACAGACGGGUGAAGGAGAAGAAAGUGGUCAACAAGUACAAGGGCAUCAGUUAAGGUCUGAAAGAAUGAAAAACUGAGAUACCAAAGGGGUAUAAAUGGAAGGACCUUCAACAUUAUUUAUUCUGAAAUCCAUUCCAUCAUCAUCUGUUCGACGUCGAGAUGCGCUGGAGGGAAAAUGUAUAUUUUACUUCCCUGUGUAGCCUACAAAUUGCCAAGACACUGAUAAAAGGCGAAGAGACUGCUCAAGAACAAUUAACCCAUAUUCACCACUUGUUUUUUUUAUUUUUUAUUUUUUUGGUCUAUAAUGCAAGCUAUAUGGCAAAGACGUGGGAGGAAUGUAAAAUACACUUUCAUCUUAUAAAAUCAGUGAAGUAUAAACAAACAAAACCAUGGAAAUUGGUGUAUUUUUUAUUUUUACACAUCAGAAACAACUGUACCUUUUAGACUGUAGAUGUGCAUGCUACGCUAACUGUACAGUAAAUUUACCCCAAGUCGUGACAGAGUUUUGUUUUGAGCUUUUAUUUUCUAUUUACCCGCGCAUUUGUAAAUAGCAAAAGUGGCUUCCAUGGAAAUACAUUAAUGUGUUAGGCCUACUCCAGACAGUAUGCAAAUAAAACUCCCCAUAUUAAAUGA